AUGGCUUCUGCUGCUGCCAACAAUGUCGCUCACUCUCUCAAGGCGGUGGUGGGGUUCAUCGGGCUGGGCAACAUGGGAGCGUGCAUGGCGGCCAACGUUCUCCGCCACAACUACCCGCUCGCCGUCUUCGACAGGAACGAGGCAGCCAUGGCGUCGCUGGUGCAGCAGGGCGCGCAACCAGCGGACUCGCCUGCAGACCUGGCCUCCAAAGCGGAUGUGAUUAUAACGAUGCUGCCCACGCCAGCUAUUGUGCUAGAUGUAUACACGGGCCCGAGUGGCGUGCUCACAGCAUCAACCACCGCCCCAUCCACUCCCUCCUCCUCCACUCCUCCCCCUUCAUCCACUCCUUCCUCCUCCCGCUCCUCCUCCCCCUCCGCCUCCACCCCUUCUCCCUCCUCUCCUCUCCCCUCCUCCCCCUCUUCCUCCGCGCCUCUCUCCUCCACACACACCAUCAGGCCGCAUCUGCUCAUCGAUGCGUCCACUGUGGACCCUGCCACGUGUCACGCCCUCGCAGCUGCCGUGCAAGCAUGCCACGUGGCGCCCAGCGCACUGCACUCGCUGCAAGGUCCCCCCUUGGUAGUGGACGCACCAGUGUCAGGAGGUGUGGUUGGCGCCAAGGCAGGCACACUCACCUUCAUGGUGGGAGGCACGGCAGCAGCGUUCGCCAUGGCGGAGCCGCUGCUGGCAGCCAUGGGCUCUCGCUCGCUGCACUGCGGGCCCUCUGGAUCCGGCUCGGCGGCCAAGCUAUGCAACAACCUGGCUCUGGCCAUCCAAAUGGCGUCAGUCUCCGAGGCCCUCGCUCUGGGGCAGCGCCUGGGCCUCUCUCCCGCGCUGCUCUCCGCCAUCUUCAACUCCUCCUCCGCCCAGUGCUGGUCCAGUGAGGUGUACAACCCGGCACCGGGCGUGAUGCAGGGCGUGCCCUCUGCUCGCCACUACCAGGGCGGCUUCUCCAAUGCCCUCAUGAGCAAGGACCUGGGUCUGGCAGUGGCAGCAGCACAGGCGGCAGGGGCGCCGGUUCCACUGGGGACGAACGUCAUGGCCAUGUAUGCUGACAUGGCGGUCCCUUCCCCCUCGCCUUUCCUCUCCGCUUCCGCCUGUCGCCUCUUUCCCCCACGCCUCGCCCUUCCUGGCACUUCUUCCCGCCCUGCUGGGGCCCAUAGUAUCCGCCGCCUCGUGACGUCCGCUAGCGCCGCCGCCGCUGCGAGCCCCUGGCCGGCUGGAGACGGCCGUCGCGAGAAUUCCGGCGCGAAUUCCGCCGCAGCAGCCGCUGCCGCCGCACCGGGCGGUCAGGCGGAGGCGGCGCAAGCUGGCGCCAGCGGUGCUGCCGUACCUGUGGCGCCUGGCGGCGGACGACAGGUCGCUGAGGUGGCGCAUCCUCGUGGCGCUGCUGCUGCUCAUCGCGGGCAAGACGCCUGCUUUCCCUCUCCCUUCCUCCAUCUCCCUUAUCCCACCUCCCCUGACCUCCCCGCCCCCUCCCCCACACGCCCACACCCCUGCAACCGCACACCUCCACACCCCUCCACACCCUCCCACGGGUGGCAGACGGCGGGGCUAGCGGGGCCGCUGAUGUUCAAGCGCGCGCUGGACGCGCUGACCACCGUGCAGGGGCUCACACGCAAGGCCAUCAUUGCCGCUGUUGCUGCGCUCGUCGUCUCUGCUGCCUCUAAGGCAGUGAGUGCGGUGUCCACAGAGCUGCGCAACAUAGUGUUCACGCCGGUGGGGCAGGCGGUGGGGCGGCGGGUGGAGUACCACUUCUUCGCGCACAUCCUGGCCAUGGACUCCGCGUUCCACCUCGACCGCAAGACUGGCGCACUCGCUAGGAUCAUUGAAAGAGGGAAGCGGUCUAUUAUCAUGAUCUUCCGAGCUGUUGUGUUCACGUUCAUCCCGACGGCAGUGGAGCUGCUGCUGGUGUGUGCGCUGCUCGCAAACCACAUAUCGCUGUCCUUUGCGGGCGUCGUGCUGCUCACCUUUGUCGUCUACGUGGCAUGGACCGUCGCCCUCACCAAGGCCUCCGUCUCCAUCCGUAAAGAGGUGAAUCGCCUGGACGGUCUGGCGACAGGCAAGGUGGUGGACGUGCUGCUAAACCACGAGACUGUCGUGCAGUUCAACAACCAGCGCCUGGAUCUGAUGCACUAUGACUCGCUACUGCGGGACUACCAGAGGGAAUCCGUGAACCUGGAGAAGGUAUCAGCGGCGCUGAACGGGGGGCAGACGACCAUAAUAUCCAUAGGGCUGGCGGCAGUGAUGGCCAUGGCGGGGCUGCGAGUGGCCGUGGGGCGCAUGACAGUGGGAGACCUAGUGCUCGUCAACGGUCUCAUUCUGCAGCUCUCCCUACCGCUGCAGUUUCUGGGAUUCCUGUAUCGUGACCUGCGCCAGUCGCUUGUUGACAUGGAGGCCAUGUUCCACAUGCUCAGUCUGGAGUCGGACCUCAAGGAUGGGGACUUGGAGCUGGCAGCGAGGGCGGAGGGCGUGGCAGUGGACGUGCAGGAUAUCUCUUUCAGCUACAUGAACGGCCGCCAGGUGCUCAAAGGGGUGUCGUUCUCCAUAGCGCCGGGCGAGAGUGUGGCGAUCGUGGGGCCAUCGGGGUCGGGAAAGUCAACGAUAGUGAAGCUGCUGCUGCGCCUGUACGACCCCUCUGAGGGCUCCAUCUCCUUUGAUGGCACUGAUGCUCGCGAGCUCAAGCAGGAGUCACUACGGCAGGCGGUGGCGGUGGUGCCACAGGACACAGUGCUGUUCAACGACAGCAUCCGCUACAACAUUGCCUACGGCCGCCCCUCCGCCUCUGUUGCUGAGGUCGACCGCGCGGCUGGUCAGGCGAAACUCCUGGACGCCAUUCGCCGCAUGCCAGACGGAUUCGACACGGUGGUGGGCGAGCGAGGGCUGAAGCUGAGCGGCGGGGAGAAGCAGCGAGUGGCCAUCGCGCGCGCCUUCCUCAAGAACCCGCGCCUGCUGGUGUGCGACGAGGCCACCAGUGCUCUGGAUUCUGCAACCGAGGCUAACAUUCUGAGGUCGUUGCAGCAACUGGCAGCCGGCAGGAGUUGUCUGUUUGUGGCGCACAGGCUGAGCACCAUCAAGCACUGCGAUAAGAUUCUGGUGAUGGAGACAGGGAGGGUGGUGGAGCAGGGCACGCACGAGCAGCUGCUGGCAGCAGGGGGCAAUAAUGGAGCAGUAGCCUCCAUGGGGAGCGGGAGUGGAGGAGGGGGAGUGGAAGGGAGGGAGAGUGGUGGGGACGCUGAGUUGAAGGAGCAGUUGCGGGCAGUGGCUGUGAGUGAGUCGGAGUGGCGCACGGAUGGGAGAGUACCGGUGGGGCUAGAGGAAGUGGGAAGAAGGAGAGGUGGAGAUGAGUUACUCACUGACGAAGGAGGGCAUGUGUGGAACGCACAUGAGGGGCAUGGUGGUGCUGAAGGGGAGAGUGGGGCGACGAGUGGAAGUGCUGAUGGUGGUGUGGGUGUUGGUGCUGAAGGUCUGCAUCAAGAUGGAGAGCAUGUGGAUGGAGAAGGUGUUGCGAGAGGGAGGAGUGGAGGGAGGGUGCGUGGUUUGCGUCAAACCUCGUUGUUUCUGAGUGAGUUUGCUCGUGCAGGCGAGUACACUGGGAGUGAGGAACGUGUGGAGGAUAUGGUGAUUGCUGAGGAUGAGAUUGAAAGGGAGGAGAGUGAAGGGGAGAGUGAUGGCGAGAUGGGGUCGAUGGGAGACAUAAUAUCAGGACCAAGCGGUGCAAAGCAUGAGCACUCUCGUGGGUCGUCUUAA